AUGGCCAUGGAAACCACCAAGCUGAGCUCGAUCACCGUCGCCGUACGCGUCCGUCCGUUCACUGCUCAGGAGCUGGCGAUGCUUAUCGAGCCUGACGAUGACAUGGCGUUGUUUUCCUCCGGGUCAUUUUCACAGAAACCAGUCAAUCAAGCCACUACUUCUACGUCAAGAAGAUCGGGCCAGAUCCGCCAGAUCUUGGACGUCGUCGACGAUAAGAUGCUUAUUUUCGAUCCUCCCGAUACCAACCCGCUAAAUGUGAUUCAGAAACAGGCGUUUGGUGUCCAGGGGCUGAACUCUCGUAUACGAGAACACCGGUUUGUGUUUGAUCGAUUAUUUGAUCAAAACACCACUCAGGAAGAAGUGUACCGCGGGACAACUCAACCACUUCUCGACCUGAUCUUGGACGGGUAUAAUGCUACUGUGUUUGCUUAUGGGGCUACCGGCUGUGGCAAGACUCAUACCAUAAGUGGUCUGCCUCAAGACCCCGGGGUGAUCUUCUUGACGAUGCAGGAGCUUUACCAGCGCAUUGAAUCGCUUAAAGAUACCAAAGUGUUUGAAGUGACUCUCUCAUUUCUCGAGAUCUAUAACGAGACCAUCUGUGACCUUUUGAACCCCACCACCAGCCCGAAGAAAUUAGUGCUUCGCGAAGACGCCACCAAUAAGAUUAGCGUCACCAAUCUUAGUGCUCACGUGCCGCAAAAUGUCGAUGACGUGAUGAAGUUGAUCAUGGUGGGUAACGGUAAUCGUACAACACUGCCCACCGACGCCAAUGCCACCCUGAGCCGGUCUCAUGCGGUGUUGCAAAUCAAUGUCGUCCAACGCGACCGUACUGCCGACGUCAGCCAGGAACACACUUUUGCCACGCUUCUGAUCAUUGACUUAGCGGGUCUGGAACGCGCUGCUGCCACUAAGAAUCGGGGUGCUCGUCUCACUGAGGGUGCCAAUAUUAACCGCCUGCUCUUGGCUCUAGGCAAUUGCAUCAAUGCUCUUUGCGACCCUCGUCGGCGUUACCACGUCCCCUACCGUGACCUGAAACUUACUCGUCUUCUUAAAUUUCUGUUGGGAGGCAAUUGCAAGACGGUGAUGAUUGUGUGUGUACUGCCACUGAGCCAGCACUACGACGAGACGCUUAACACGCUUAAGUAUGCUGAUCGAGCUAAGGAAAUUAAGACCAAGCUCCAUCGCAACCGUCACAAUUUGGACCGCCACGUUGGACUGUACCUUAAGAUGAUUACAGAACAAAAAGCAGAAAUUGACGAGCUCCGCGCUCGUGAACACGAGGUGGUGAUGGCAGCGGUGGCUAAGCUGUCGCAACAACAAGCACAGGCAUUACUGGCCGUCACCGAAGCCAUCGAAAGCCUCGGUCGGUCAGUGGACGGUCUCGUCGCCGAUAAGUGGAAAAAGUACUACUUAUUGGCGAAACGCAAGCUCAUUAUUUUACAGAAAGUGAACGUUGACUCGCUUAUCGUGGCUAUCCUAAAUCACGCCGAUGCUGACGUGUUUGCCCCGCGCGUACUCCCUCUUUGUGAGAAGAUCUUACAAAAGAUGGAGGCGCAAAUCACUGAUCUUGAACACCAGUAUUCCGCCCGCACUGAGAUCGACCACCUACUUGAAAACCAAGUGCGUCACAUCCUCAGUCGCCUCGAGGAGCAUGAAGGGUGGAACGCCGGCGCUCGCCAAGUGUUUGAUAAGCUUGUGGCCCAGCUUAAGGAUGCCGUCGAACGCGACAUCCUCAUCAAUCUGCUGAUACUAUUCGACCAUCUCGUGUACCAGUUGUACGACUACAACUACCUCCCCAACCAAUUAGUGGAGGCAAUCAUCACUAACCGAGACGGUGACGUCAGCGGCCUCGUCGCUGCCCUCGAGCUGUUUGACAAUGGCGACUACGACACCGCCAUUGAACGGUACACCGCUGAGUACAUGCAGCAACGACUUGACAUUGGUGGCGACGACGACGACGACAACAAUGAUGAGGUCCUUCGGCCUCCGAAACGGGUGGUACGAGUGGAAAUGGAAGGACUGCCAAAACGGACAAAAUUCGCCGGUCAACCACUGUCAGCGACUCACGGGCUUACUGGGCCCCCGGAGCUGGAGAGCGAUACCAGUUUUGACGACCUGAUGACGUCUCAUGAUGACGUCACCUUGGGUUUUCCCCCGAGCCUAGAUCUGCCCCCCUCAGCCAAAACUGAGGCCCCAAAACGACUCGCCGUCGACAAGUCGGCGUUGCUUGACAAACGCGCAAGCCUUAAACUAGCCUACUGA